UCACGUCCGCCUGCCACCUGUAAGAUGGCGACUCUCAGUAGAAGGUUGCUGUGUACCUUCUCUUACCUUCUCAGACAAAAGUUCCCCAUUCUCCGAAGAGGAAACUACAUUAAUAUACUAAGAAGUUCAUGGCUCAAAAUUAUUCCCGUGGGUGUUGGCACAAGCCUAUGUGCAGUUCCUGUUGGGCAGAGGUCCGAGCCCACACUCUCCAAUGAUUCUUUAAUAAAGAGAGCCGCAUGUUUGGUAACAGACAGUACACAAACCUUCCUAUCACAGACAACGUAUGCUGUUAUUGAAUCACUUGCAGAAUACACCACGGCUGUAUAUACACUUAUCUCACUUCAACAAAGAUAUACUGCACUUCUUGAAAAAAUGAACCCCAAUGAGGAGAAUGCUGUUUGGCAGGUUGUUAUUGGAGCACGUGUGCAGAUGAGGAAUCUGAAAGAGCGGUAUUUGAGGUAUGAAGCUAGCUGGCAGCGGGCAGUGAGCAUUUCUGAGAUGGCAGCUGAAGCAGCUUACCAGGCUGGUGCGGAUGAGGCUUCUGUUAGUGUGCGAAAUCAUAUCCAACUGGUACAAACCCAGGUUUCUGAGACUCGUGAGUUAGCUUUGAAGGCUGAAGCUCAGUUGGCUGCUGCCCAGACAGAAGAGAUCAGAAGGUCUAUCACAGAAGACAAAGAUAAAUCCCCUAAUGGAGGCAGUCCACGGAUCAGCAUCUCUGAUGAGGAAAUUCCUGAAGCUUACCUGCGUGAAGAUUAAAUUAACACUUCAUUUUCAUUUACUAACAGACACAAAGGCACAGUAUACCUACCAGUAUGUUGCUCUAGGUGGCAUAUUGGCCGAGUUUAACCAGUUGCCAUCAAUGACCAUUCUCACUGAAGGAAUCCAUGGUGAAUGAAAAGGUAUCAAUUGCUUUUACCAACCUUAAAUGUUAACCACUGCUGAAAUCUUUGGCUGAAACAGUGAUACUUCAUCUUUCGGAAACCUCCUAACCUGACCCCUUGAUGCAAGGUUUGUUUUUACAAAUGGGAAAUGUGUCAAAGAAAUUGUAAAACUUAAGCUAUGAAGCAAGCCUAAAUAGCCCAUGCCAUAGAAAGAGCACAUGUCUCUUUAUCUUGAAUGAGCUGCACAUGAAUUAAUAAUUGACUGUGAGGGCCAAAUUCAUUUUUUUUCUCUCUAAUUAUUUCGACAUAGAGAAAGAAAAUAUGCUAACCAAUAUUCCUUGUAUCCUCUAUACCAGCUUAAGACUUUGCUGGUAGAGGAACUGUUGUAAGGUUUUAUAUUUCUGGCAGCCAAAGGGGGUUAAGUGCCUUCUACCCCAACAAAUGUAUGACUUUCUUUCUGACUGCUUUUAAGUCAUGAGGCUGGAGAAGAGAGAUUAUAUUAGAAAGCUGGAG